CAUGUGAUGCUUGGAACGAAUUUACAGAUAUUACGACUACACUCCCAUUCAUGCGGGCGAUGCAAAAUCCAGUCACUCGACCAUCAACACCAAUAGCCGAAACACCAGACCAACAUGAAAUCAUUGAUACCCAAGCAGCACUCUUUCUCAGCUGUGGUAACGUCAUUCUCCUCGAUCUCCUCGCGAUACAUAUGGUACGCUCAGAGGAUUCGAGCACGAUCAUAUCAUAUCAUCCAAGCUCUAGUUUCCGCCGUCCUUCCCCAAAGAAGCUACACUCCCUUGUCUACCAAAUCUUCGCCCAAUCUGAGGACCCGACAUUUUUGUUCCUAGCAAUCUUGUGGUAUGCUCUCUAUGCAUGGGACCAGGCAUUUGAGUCGCUAUACACUCAUAUCAAUUGGCUGGUGCAUCGCAGAAUAAUCAACGUUUGUUGUUUUAGUUGAUUAUCAACACCAUUCAGGAAUCCCAAGUGCUGUUAACUAAUAACAUCGAUCUGACUCGUAAACUUCACAUCAUACAAGCACACCUCCUACACUACCAGUCGCUUCUCCAAGACUUCCAGAAGUCCGUCGAGUUCCUCCACAAGACACCGAAUCCCGCUUUGGACUCCGAUAACUAUAGUCCUAAUGAACGUAAGGACACCAUGAAGCUCAUGGCAAAGGAGUGUGCGAAUCUACUCUCAGAAAUCGGGAGAUUGGACAACAGGCGAUUGAUGCUGAGCAGUAGGUUGAAGAACGUGACGGAUCUGGCGUUUGCGCUUGUCAAUAUAGAGGACAGUAAGCAAAUGAAGGCCCUGACGGAAGCCACC